GGAAUAAUAAAAAGCUUCCGUCACCGUGAGGAAAGAAAUUAGAAACCAGAAAACCGACGUCUUCCUCUCCCUCAUCUCUCUCGUCCUUUGGACCUCUUCUCCCUGACUAAAUUCUUGAUAAUCAGGGGGAUUGGUUUAGACAUGGAGCAGAAUUCUCAAAACUUUGUCUUCCUUCCUGAACCUUGCAUCGGAUCUAGGUUUCCGCAUCUAGAUAUCACACCAGUGAACACUGUUCCUAAUUCAGAAGUGCAUUCUCUGCAAGAACCUUAUGACAACAACACAAUGUUCUACGGGCUUCCACAGUACCAUCAUCAACCUGCUCUAAAUCUUGGUCCUGCCAUGUCAACCCCACCAAAUUUUUAUCUCUCUUAUGCGGCUUUUCAUGCUCCACCGAGUCAUCCGUUAGCUCCUGGAAGUCAUGGUGUAGUUACUUCCACUGAACAUGAGAGGAACGCUCAUUUUAUGGGUCACGGAUACAAAAGAAAGAGCGCUGAAGUUACACCCGGAAAUUCUCACUAUCUUAGUACUGAAGCAGCACCACCAUGUUCUAUCCCCCAAUUGAUUACACCGGAGGCAGCACCUUUCUCUUUACCACAGUUUGGUCCUUACCCGCAACCACUAGACCAGAGAAGUGUGUGGAACAGAGCAGGACCAGCUACAAUGGAUCCGUGUCUCUCUCAUGGACAUAACAAUUUCAUUCAAGGAAACUAUGCAGCUCAUCCUUUUCCACCUCCUGACUCAAUCUGGUAUGACCAGCAUUGUAAUGGCAAUAGAUCUGAUGGAUCCUCUUUGCUUUGGUCCCAAGCACCCUCUCUACCUUAUAUGAAUGGUAACGUUGCUACUGGCUCCAUAGACUCUGGUAAUGUCUGCUUUCCGGGAUACCAUGAAACAUCUUGUAGCAGAAACCCUACACCAUUUGUAUACCCUAGUCACAACUAUUUUAGCCAUCAUCCGGCACCUCCUCCUCCUCCCACCGUAUACCCUCACAUGGCUUCAGCCUCAUACAGUGUUCCCGUGACUAUGCAUGAUGCUUCGUACAGUCAUGUGGGACCGGUUCAAUCAAGUGGGUUUAGGAUAAACCAGCAACAUCCCCGAGAUGACUUUGUACCUGAAGCGACUCUUAGACACCAUGGACUGCCUCACUUCAGAGCGAUUUCCGCGGAUGAAAUUGCAUUUUUGGGGGAAGGAGACUUCUACGAUGCUAUUGAUUAUGUUGAUCAUCAUCGUGACAUGCGCUUGGACAUAGAUGACAUGUCAUAUGAGGAGCUCCUUGCUUUGAGCGACCAGAUUGGAACUGUGAAGACUGGCUUGUCCGAAGAAGUUGUUAAAGAUUUUCUGAAAAGAAGAACCUCUUUAUCGACCAGAAUCAACCUGGAAGAAGCUCCAUCAAGCGAUCUAGAAACCGGUUCUUGCACUAUAUGCCAGGAAACCUACAAGAACCAAGAUAAGAUCGCAACGCUGGAUUGCAAGCACGAGUACCAUACCGAAUGCUUGAAAGAGUGGUUGGUUAUCAAGAACGUUUGCCCAAUCUGUAAAUCAGAGGCACUAGUCACAGAGAAGAAGAAGAGACGGUUAAGUAUAAGAGAAGAGGUGGUUGCGGAUUCAACCUAAGAGAGGUUACCGCAGAUGGUUUUUUUUUCUAGGUGCUUUUAUCUAUAGGUUUUAUAAGAAGAGUGAGGGUAAAUUUCAUCCCCAAAUUCUGUAAAUUUGUACUUUUGGGCACAUAAUUUGUUUGACAGUCUAAAGCUGAGAUUGGCUUAGUGACUAAGAAAA